CUAACUCGUUGCGGAUUGGUUGAUAAGAUCUAGACUUUCCCUCCUCUCUCAUAAAAUGGGUCUAAGAUACCAACCUCUUCUCAAAGUUUGUUAUGGGUUUACAUGAGUCUAAUAUUAUUACAGCUGAGCAAAAAAAUUAUGUCAGAAAAUAUGAGUAUUUCUAAUAUUAGCCAAGGAAAAUCAAGAGCACGCCCUGGAUAUUUUGACCAUGAAGCCAUUGAGGUUAUGAAAGAAUGGCUAGAAGAGAACUUAUCCCGCCCAUACGUUCAUAAAAGUGAUAUCAAAGAUCUUUCCAAGAAGUCUGGUCUGUCCAAGAAACAGAUCAUGGGAUGGUGCACGAAUGUCAGAAGACGUCGACUUACGAUUAUAAGAGACGAUAAAGGAGCCAGGCAGCUUGUACCUCAGAAGAACCCUGAAAAGAAAAGGAAACAAAAUAAAUCAGGGACUAGAGCUCCUAUUGUUCUGAAAAAUGAAAGAAAACAAUCACCUAUUAAAAAUCGUGGGUUUGUGCCUUAUUCUACCACUGCCAAGCUUGGGGUGUAUAAAGGACUUCCCUCCUUUAACUAUGACUUAUUAGAAUUUUCUGUUGUAUCAACUGACCCAAAGUAUCCAUGUGAUGAUUCUAAAUUUCAAAAAUUAGAAGCCUCCUGAAGUCCAAAAUCUGAAGUCUGAACAGAGAGCUCUGUUCAAAUCGAUUGGGCAGACCUCAGUCGGUUCUGCCUAUGCGAUUGGCCUGAUGCACCAAAACAUGUAUAAAUCUUGAAUUCAUUUCCUAUUAACUUCAAC